UGCUAUUAUUUUUUCUAAAUAAAACUUUGGGAGAAAAGAAUAAUACUAACAAAAUGACGAAGCCAAUUGAAUUCCCCUCAAUCUAUGCUUGUGGCUUCCAAACCCUAAUUUUCUCGCACGUCGCUUAACCAAAAACCCCUGUUGUUCACGAAACGGAAAACUAACAAAAAGAUCAAGAUCCGAAAUGAAUUAAAACUGUUCAAUUUUGUAUUAUAACUGCGUCCUUGAACACGCAAGAAGCUGUCUUUUCGGAAUUGAAGAAGACAGAAGGGAGUGAAAAUCCCCAAUUUCAUGACCCGACUUCGUCAAAUCAAUCGAUCAACAAUCGUUUUCUGCUCUGGUAGAAAUUGUUAGUAUUGGUUGGCUUGAUGGGUGCUCCUAAGCAGAAAUGGACAUCUGAAGAAGAAGCAGCUCUGAAAGCUGGAGUUCUUAAGCAUGGAGCAGGAAAAUGGCGCACAAUUCUUAAAGAUCCAGAGUUUAGCAGUGUGCUUUACCUGCGCUCUAAUGUGGAUCUUAAGGACAAAUGGAGGAACAUGAGUGUAAUGGCAAAUGGAUGGGGAUCUAGGGAGAAGGCUAGUGAUGAAGAUUCAGGUGAUGUGAGACCUCUUCAGUCUUCUAGUGGUUCUCCACAAGUUGGUGCUUCAAAAAGAUCUAUGAUAAGGCUGGACAAUCUUAUAAUGGAGGCAAUAAACAACUUGAAGGAGCAUGGUGGCUCUAAUAAGACUACCAUUGGCACAUACAUAGAGGAGCAAUAUUGGGCACCUCCAAAUUUUAAGAGACUUCUAUCAAUGAAGUUAAAGUUUCUGACUGCAACUGGAAAACUAGUCAAGACAAAACGCAAAUAUAAAAUUGCAUCAGCAAAUGCAUCAUCAUCUGACAAGAAAAGGGUUUCUACCAUGUUACGAUUAGAGGGAAGACACAAGGGUUCUUCUCCAAAAGUUGAUAAGGAUGAAAUCAAUGUUCCUACAAAAGCUCAGAUUGAUUUAGAACUUCAAAAGAUGAGGAGUAUGACACCGCAGGAGGCGGCUGCCGCCGCUGCUCAGGCGGUUGCAGAGGCGGAAGCUGCCAUAGCGGAAGCAGAAGAGGCGGCAAGGGAGGCAGAGGCAGCUGAGGCUGAUGCAGAAGCUGCUCAAGCUUUUGCAGAGGCUGCUAUGAAGACACUUAAAGGGAGAACCACGCAAAGGAUGAUGAUUCGUGCUUGAUGGAAAUGGGAAUGACAAGGGCUUCUGUUAUACAUGCUUUGAAGUGGAUUUUUGAUGAACUUUGCAGUUGUAAAUAUAGUUUGUUGAUUCAGAAUUGUUCAACUGGCAAAUGAGAACGUUUGGUGGUUAUUAUUUUUUUUUUUAAAUAUAUUUUAUAAAAAGGGAGUAAGAUAGAAUAAAACAUUGGUUGCUGUUGUUGUUGGUUGUCAACAUGAGAUGUUUUGAUUUUACAUAUUGUAUUGUGAUAUUUUUUUGGUAUGCUUAAAUUUUUUUAUUUUUGUUUUCGAAGUUAGGAGCUCAGGAAAAAGUCAGUAUUAGCCCUUUGCUUGAACUAAAUAUGAUCAUAUCUUACAUUCAUGUCUUUAC